AUGGUCAUUUUGACUUCUGGAUCCUCGAGAUUUGCACCGACUUUGAAUUCUGUCUGGUUCCCCAUGGUCACUUUGACUUCUGGGAUCCUUGAGAUUUGUAUCGACUUUGAAUUCUGUCCGGAGGCUCGCAUCCCGCACCUCCUGCUGUCCAAUAAAGCUCAAGCACAUGCCAUCAAUGUGCAAGACCGAGAGAGGCCCAUUGAGGGCUGGGGAACCUCAGAUUCGGUUGUUGUUUUGCGCUACAUCAUUGACCGCAACAUUGUCAUAAUGACAGAUCUGGUGACGCUGAUCUGUUCUCCCCUUGUCCCCCCAUCAUCUGCAACACAGUGGGAAAUAUUGUGUGCCCGCGGCAGCACCAGCUGGAGUCGAGAUUGCGGAAUAUCAGAAAGGACAAGCACGACAUGGCUAAACUUUGGAAGGAAGGAAGCUGGACACGUCAAGGCUAUCAACUCCGACGCGAUUUCAACUGUGGCUAAGCAGCUGUUGGCAAAUAAGCAUCCCGUUCUACCUUUUUGGCUAUUUGAGCCUACAUGUUCAUUAGAGAUCGCAUCACGCGCCGAUGAAUCUGCUGUGCUUGAUGCAGCGCCUUAUGGGCUUCCCUCUCGCAGGACAUACAAGUAA